AUGGCCGAGCCAAGCGUGGAUACGUUGAAAAAGGCAAUCAAAGAAAUCUUGAAAGGGGCUGACCUGGACAACUUGUCAACAAAAAAGGUCAGAAAGUUGCUGGAAGAAAAGUUCACCACAGAUUUCUCUGAAAGGAAGAAAGAAAUCGACAAACUUGUGAUGAAAAUGAUUAAUGAAGAUGAGGAGACUGGUAAAGAAAAAUCUAAAAAGAAAGAGGAAGAAAGCAAAAAGAAAGACUUAAAGGAGGAAAGCAGCAAGAAAAACUCUAAAGAGGAAGAAAGUAAAAAGAAAAGCUCCAAAGAGGAAGAAAGUAAAAAGAAAAACUCAAAAGAGGAGAAGGGUAACAAGAAAAACUCCAAAGAAGAAGACAGUAAAAAGAAAAAUUCAAAGGAAGAGAGUAAAAAGGCAGAUUCAACAGAGAAAGAAGAAGAAAAUAAUGGUCACAAUGGUGUGGGCAGCGGCAGAGCAAGUGAUGCAGAAUCAGGAGACGAAGUGCCAAAGAAAAAAGCAAAGAAAGCCGCCAAUUUGAAGAAAAGGAAAUCAGCAAGUAAAGCAGAUGACAGUGAAGAUCCUGUCAUGUCCAGUGUCAAGCAGAUGGAUGAUGAAGAUUUGGCUAAGAAAUUACAAGAAGAGGAACUUGCUCCAAGGCGUCGAAGAGCUGCAGCUUUUCAGCCAUUGCUGAAGAAGGACAGAGAAAAAGAUACUGACAAAAAGAAGAAACAUGGCAAGUCAAGAAGUGCUGAUGACUUUGUAGUUUACAGCGAUGGAGAAUCUUCAGGAUCCUAA